UCAUCAUUGAAAAGCUACCCCUCACCCGUUACAUACAACGGCCGAUGCAUUGAGAUCAUCAAUAGCUAAAAAUGAGAAUAUUUGGUGUUAGAUUAGGUAGGUAUUUUACGGUAUAAUACAUUAGGUACAUAUAUGCAUGCAAAUUAUAUAAUUAAUUCCGUAUAAUUACGUGCAUUUCAAACUGUACAAUUACAUAGAAGCUCUGCGUACCUAGUAAAACCCCUCACAUGUCGCUAUCAAGGCAUCUUCCCGGAUCCCGAAGAGCUGUUGCCGUCGCAUCAUCAGGCUUUGCUUCUCCGCCAUCAUCAACUAGUUCUCAAACUCCUCCGCCAUCCUCCCUUUCCAAUUCCAACCCCAAUUCCUCAACGCCGCCAACCUCUCUUCAGUCUAGAAGCUUCGCUGCACAGCAAUCGACCCGAAAUCAAGACAUUCUCAAGCAAUUGCCUCCUAAGCACCACACCUGCAAGAUGUCGACCAUGCCAGCUCAACACGGCCACUCCGAGGCCUGCUGCAACAUCCCCCCCGUGGUGGCCAAGGACUACGCCGCGAAGGGCACAUACGAGGAGCUCGGAGGCUACAAAUCAUACGUCACCGGCCCCAAGCAAGCCACCAAAGGCAUAAUCACCAUCUUCGACAUCUUCGGCUUCUACCCGCAGACCCUGCAAGGCGCCGACAUCCUCGCGACCUCGGACCGCUCGCAGCAGUACCGGGUCUUCAUCCCGGACUGGUUCCACGGCGAGCCCGCGCCCCUCGAGUGGUUCCCCCCCGACACCGAGGACAAGCAGAAGAACCUCGCCGCCUUCUUCCAGAAGAACUCCCCGCCUAGCGUCGCCGCCAAGGUCCCGGAUUACGUCGCCGUCGUCAAGGCCAAGUACCCCGAGAUUAAGAGCUGGGCCAUUCUCGGGUUCUGCUGGGGAGGCAAAGUCGUAUCUCUCGUACUUUCCCAGCCCGACACCGUCUUCAGGGCAGGCGUGGAGGCGCACCCGGCGAUGGUCGACCCCGCCGACGCCGAGAAGAUCAAGGUGCCUCUGGCGCUGCUAGCAUCCAAAGACGAGCCCCCGGAGGACGUCAAGAAGUUCGAGCAGAACCUCAAGGUCCCCAAGCACGUCGAGAUCUUCGGCGACCAGAUCCACGGAUGGAUGGCCGCCCGCUCCGACCUGGAGAACGAGCGCGUCAGGGCCGAGUACAUCCGAGGCUACGAGACUGUGCUGAAGUUCUUGUCUAAGUAUGUGUAAAGCCUUGUUUAAUCUCUCGAUAAGCCUCGAGGAUUAAAGGCUAGGUGUCGACGUUAGGCUUCGCUUGACGAGAUAGCUUCUAAUAAAAGUAAAAAAUGAAUGAAAUAAUGAAAUAAUUGACCUUUACUUAACGAUUAUGAAA